CACCACGGAUUCCCUCCCCUUCUCUACGGACUGACGCUCUGCUCGACCACCACUAUCAACAACGCUCACAGCAAAUCUCUGAAACGCCAAGCUUUGCGCAGCCGCAAUGCAUCGAACAUACUCUAUGCGCGCCACGAGGGCGCCAACGGCCUCGCAGAUCCAGAACCCGCCCCCGCCGCCAUCAAGCACUAAGUCGGGCCGCCUCUUUGGCCGGGGAGGACUUGCAGGUUUAGGACAUGCACUCCGUCGCAACGCGGCCGGAGCCUUCGGGCCGGACCUCGCCAAAAAGCUGUCGCAGCUGGUCAAGAUGGAAAAGAACGUCAUGCGCAGCCUUGAACUAGUAGCCAAAGAGCGGAUGGAGGUUGCCCAACAACUGUCGCUCUGGGGCGAGGCCUGCGAUGAAGAUGUUUCAGACGUCACAGACAAGCUGGGCGUGUUACUAUACGAAAUAGGCGAGCUUGAGGAUCAAUACGUCGACAGAUACGACCAAUACCGCGUCACCAUGAAGAGCAUCAGGAAUAUCGAGGCUUCUGUCCAGCCCAGCAGAGACAGGAAACAAAAGAUUACGGACCAGAUAGCCCAGCUGAAGUACAAGGAGCCCAACUCACCCAAGAUCGUCGUGCUCGAGCAAGAACUUGUCCGUGCGGAGGCCGAGUCGCUCGUGGCGGAGGCGCAACUAUCCAACAUCACGCGCGAGAAGAUCAAAGCCGCAUACUCGUAUCAAUUCGACGCCCUGCGCGAGCACUGCGAGAAAGUGGCCAUCAUCGCCGGCUACGGCAAACACCUGCUCGAGCUGAUCGACGACACGCCCGUGACGCCCGGCGAGACACGCCCUGCGUACGACGGCUACGAGGCCAGCAAGGCCAUCAUCCAGGACUGCGAAGACGCCCUCACCAACUGGGUCACGCAGAACGCCGCGGUGUCGGCCAAGCUGUCAACACGCGCGCGCACUUUGUCGCAGCGGCGCCGGAACAACAUCAAGGCGCGCACCGACGGCCAGCUGCAAGGCCACGGCCACGACCUCUCCGCCCAGGACGUGCCGCUCAAUGACCGCGAUGGGUGGGUGAGUCAGCACGAGUACGGAGACGAGGAGGAAGAGGGGGAGGACGAGGCCGAUAUCGACGCGCCAAGCCAUACGGCCGUGGACACCGAGGCGAGCCUGAACGGGGAGCACCGAGGGCGUAACCAUGAGCCGGUCGCUGCCUAGUCGAGCGGGUGAGUUUUAUGGCCGGCUGGAGCUGGGGAUUCAAGUCAGGGAUGCAUUCGGAUUCGUAACGUCGGGACGACAAACCGAGUUAGGGGUGUGGCACGACUGAGAACGCACACGAACU